AUGCGAUCAAUUACUCGUCAUCUUUUACAUAUGAUUAUUCAUGGUUGUCGUAUGCCGGACGCCCUCAUGUACGACUGCGCCUGUGCACUAAAACUUCAUUGGAAUAAAUGGCUCGGUACAGAUAUGCUGAAAUUAUCAAACUUAACUAAACAACUUCCGACUUACCUUGCUCUUGAUAAUUUUCAUCAACGCACGCACUCUCGAUCCAUGUGUCAAACCAUAAUGAAGUCGGAUCACCCGUCACACGAAGGGCGAUUUAUCGGCUUGAACAGUCAGGCUGCUGAACAAGCUUUUCAAUUUAUCUCCUGUGCUAAAUAUUCUUUACGAAACUUCUCAUUUCCUUAUUCAAUUGUCAUGCUCAUGUUGAUUUUUCAUUUGAAAAAUUGCCGAAUUACUGGUAUUGAUGAAUACAGUAUUGGUCUAGCAUUUUCUCAUUUUGGCAAUGAAAUUAAAAAUUAUUUUUUAACACCACGAGUAUUUGAAAGUUUUGGGGUAUUCAUCGAAGACGAAGCGAAUGAUACCGAUGAAGAUUAUCAAUCAGAAGAUGAUGAAUUGAUGAUGAAAGAUUAG